AUGACGGAAAACUUGGAAGGCCAAUAUGGCAAGGCCGACGACGACAUAACCCCAGACGAUCCCCUCGUCGUUUUGCAGGAUACCUACGUUAAGCCAGGGUUUCGAGGGACCUUUCAGUCGAAAUAUGUUGUUCUGUGUGCCUUCGUCGUCCGGUUGGGCGGCUUCUUGUUCGGAUACGACCAAGGAGUGGUCUCUAUCAUUCUCGUCAUGGACCAAUUCCUAGACGAUUUUCCUCGCGUCUCCGAUACCGCGAGUGGAGGCGGGUUUUGGAAAGGAUUCAUGACGGCCAUGAUUGAGCUGGGAGCUCUUAUCGGCGCGUUCAAUCAAGGCUGGGUUGCGGAGAAGAUUUCACGCAAAUAUUCGAUAUGUGUCGCGGUCUGCAUUUUCGUAGUGGGUUCCGUGCUGCAGACGGCGGCGCAGGACUAUGCCAUGCUCGUGGUUGGUCGACUGAUCGGUGGCAUUGGCGUCGGCAUGAUGAGCAUGGUUGUGCCAAUGUACAUUGCUGAGGUGUCGCCUCCCGAAAUUAGAGGCACGCUCCUCGUGCUCGAAGAGUUCUCCAUCGUGUUUGGCAUCAUCUGUGCCUUCUGGCUGACAUUCGGGACUCGGUACAUUGGCGGCGAAUGGUCGUACCGCCUCCCAUUCUUGCUUCAGAUGUUCCCUGCCAUUUUGCUGGGAAUAGCAGUCCUCUUCAUCCCCUUCUCGCCUAGGUGGUUGGUAUCCAAAGGCAGAGAUCAAGAAGCCCUGGAAGCCCUGGUCAAGCUACGCCAGGUGUCGGCAGAUGAUCCGAGAGUGCAGGCCGAAUGGCUCGACAUUCGGGCGGAAGUGGCAUUCCACAAAGAGGUCGGCCGAAAGAAACAUCCAAAUUUGGCUGCUGAAGGUCAGCGGUCUCGUUGGGCUGCGAUCAAGUUCGAACUGUCAGCGUAUGUCGAUUGCUUCAGGCAGGGCUAUUGGCGCCGCACCAUGGUUGGCAUUGGGCUGAUGUUCUUUCAGCAAUUUGUCGGCAUCAAUGCACUGAUAUACUAUUCACCCUCGCUGUUCGAGACCAUGGGUAUCGGAUACAACAUGCGCCUAGUCUUGUCGGGAGUCCUGAACGUCACUCAGCUCGUGGGUGUCUCGACAUCGCUCUACACCAUGGAUAAAUUCGGCCGCCGUCCUCUUCUUCUCCUGGGCAGCAUUGGAAUGACCAUCUCCCACAUAAUCAUCGCGGUCCUCGUCGGCCUAUACUUUGACACAUGGGCAGAUCAUAAGGACAAGGGUUGGGUUGCCGUCGCCUUUCUAUUUGUCUACAUGCUUAUCUUCGGCAUGACCUACGGGCCGGUGCCGUGGGCCAUGCCGUCUGAGAUAUUCCCCAGUUUCUUGCGAGCCAAAGGCGUUGCCUGGAGCACUUGCAGUAACUGGCUCAACAACUUUAUCAUCGGCUUGAUCACGCCUCCGCUAAUCCAGAACACUCGCGGUUUCGGAGCCUACACUUUCUUCGCAGUGUUCUGUGCGUUGAGCGGUAUUUGGACGUGGUUCUUCGUGCCUGAAACCAAGGGACGAAGCCUCGAGGACAUGGAUCGUGUCUUUGGAGAUCAUGCGGCCACAGCGGACAGGACCCGGCGCAAGAAGAUUCUCAGGGAGCUUAAGCAAGCCGACAACGAGAAAACCCGGCAAGCAGUCAGUACUGCAUGA